UUUUAUCAGUUCACAAUGGCUGUUCAUGAUAAUUUAAUGUCUGAAAGAAUAAGCGUAAGCAUGAUUAAUUCUACUGAAAUUAAAAAUAAAAAUUUUAAAGGAUCCAAAUUUAAACAAUUCAUCGCGACAAUCGCUGCGAGCAUAUGUGUACUGUCAAGUGGAGUUAUGUUAGUAUGGGGAGGCCCUAUUUUAUUAAUGCUCCGAAAAAAUCCAGUGAGCAUUGAAAAUCCAUUUGUCCGACCGAUCAGCAAUGAAGAAAUAUCCUGGAUUGGCGGAUUUACUACAGUAGGUUCAAUGUUUGGCUGCUUGGCGCCAGGAUAUCUUGCUGACAGGUGGGGAAGACGAGCAGCUUUAUUGUCUACCGCAGUUCCAUUUCUUGUAAGCUGGACGCUAAUUUUUUUAGCGAAGCGUAUAGAAGUAUUGUUCUUAGCAAGAUUUAUAGCAGGGCUUGCUAUUUCUUUUUCCUAUGCGCUGGUUCCGAUGUACAUUGGCGAAAUAGCUGAAGCGCCGAUCCGAGGAAUUCUUGGAUCCUUUUUUCAAAUAUCCUUCAACUUAGGUCUGUUGCUACCUUACAUAAUUGGCCCGUUUGUUCCGUACAAUAAUUAUUGCAUCAUCUGUGCAACACUGCCGAUUGUUUUCUUUGUUGUCUUCUUCGCGAUGCCAGAGACGCCCUAUUACUUAGCGGCUAAAGGCCGAAAGGAAGAUGUUAUCAAGGUGUUGGUGAAGCUAAGAGGGAAAAGCAGAGAAGGUGUCGAAAAAGAAGCUGAUGAAAUUCAGGUAGCGGUCCAAGAAGCUUACAGCAAAAAGGCAACAAUCAUAGAUUUGUUUAAAGUCAAGGCUAAUUUAAAAGCUCUAAUUAUUUGCUGUAGUCUUGCCGCUCUCCAACAAUUGAGCGGUAUCAAUUUUUUUCUUCUUUACUUAGAGCUUAUUUUCGCCAGUGUUGGAACAAAUGACAGUAUUAGCACGACUCUUCAGACAAUUAUUGUAGCACUGAUUCAACUUUUUAGUUCCUUUGUUAAUCCUCUAGUAGUUGAUUGUCUGGGAAGAAAAAUUUUAUUGAUUAUUUCUGGAAUUGGUACAUCAUUAAGUCUUGCAGCUCUUGGAUUUUUCUUCUAUCUUAAAGAAUCAAAACAAAAUGACGGCAGUACCAUCAGCUGGCUGCCGAUUUCUUCUUUGAUUGUUUUUAUGAUUGCCUACAACAUCGGACUAGGACCCGUUCCUUGGACAAUCAUGGGUGAAAUGUUUUCACAACAAGUUAAAUUUAAAGCAACAAUAAUAACCAUUUUCAUUUGUCGUUUCACAUCCUUUAUUAUUGUUAAGUAUUUUAUUAAUGUUGUGGACGCAUUUGGAAUGUGCACAGCAUUUUGGUCUUUUGGAGUCGUCUGUUUUUUAAGUAUUCCAUUCGCUGUUUUUAUUUUACCGGAAACUAAAGGCAAAUCAUUAAGAAAAAUUCAAGAUGAACUUAUGAGUCGAUUGACAGUUAUUGUUCCAUAUUACAUUAGUUUGUCAACAGGUCUUUUGUAUUUUCUCGUUGCUUAUUCAAUAAUUAAAUAUCAAGUGAAAUUGAUAAAUUUAAUAUCCAGAAUGUCUAACACUGGAAAAAAAAUUUAUGUUAUUGAAAAUGAAUUUAAAAUUGAUAGCAGUAAAAUUAAUCUUACAAAACCUUCAAAAGGUUCUAAAUGUCUUCAAUUCACUGCUGCGAUUGCAGCAAACUUAUGCAUGAUGGCUGCUGGAUCAUUGAUGGCUUGGUCAAGUCCGGUGCUGUUGAUGCUCCAAAAUGAAACUGUAAGUGAAGAAAAUCCUUUAGGUCGGCCAAUAACAACUGAAGAAACGUCGUGGAUCGGGUCAAUUAUUUUGUUAGGUUCGAUAGCCGGAAAUUUAUUUACAGGAUAUUUAUCGGACAGACUAGGAAGACGAACUACUUUAUUGUGUAGCCUGAUACCUUCGGCAGUAAGCUGGGUGCUUAUUUUCACAGGAAAAAGUAUUGAAUUCUUUUAUGCAGCCAGAUUUAUUGGAGGUGUAGCGGCUGCUAUACCAUUUGGAGUAAUACCAGUUUACUGCGGCGAAAUCGCGGAAACUUCAAUCCGAGGAAUACUUGGUUCAUUUUUCCAAAUAUUUAUCACCUUAGGUCUACUGUGGGCUUACAGUAUUGGUCCAUUUGUCUCGUACACGAAUUAUUGUAUUGCUUGUGCUGUCUUGCCAAUCGCUUUCUUCAUCUCCUUCUACCCAAUGCCCGAGUCGCCGUACUACUUGGCGGAAAAAAGUCGCAAGGAAGAUGUCAUCAGAGUGUUGAUGAGGCUAAGAGGAAAAAAAAGAGCAGAAGUUGAAAAGGAAGCUACUGAAAUCGAGGUUACCGUUCAAGAAGCUUACAGCAAACAAGCAACAAUAUUGGAUUUGUUUAAAGUAAAAGCCAAUUUAAAAGCGCUAAUUGCUACGUGUGCUCUGAUUAUUUUUCAACAGAUGAGCGGAAUCACAGUUGUUCUUCUUUACUCGGAGCUUAUCUUUUCGAGCGCUGGAGAAUUUGGCUUAGGUUCAUCCGUUCAGACAAUUAUUGUAGGACUGGUUCAAUUUCUGGGCUCCUGUGUCAACCCUUUGGCUGUUGAUAGACUGGGGCGCAAAAUCCUGUUGAUUAUAUCUAGCUCAGGCGCCGGUUUAAGUCUGGGAGUUCUUGGACUGUUCUUUUAUCUGAAAGACGCUGCUGGAACUCAAGUCAGUCAUGUUGGAUGGUUACCAGUAUUUUCUUUGGUCACAUACGUGGCCACUUACGGCAUCGGAUUGGGCCCUCUUCCUUGGACAAUAAUGGGCGAAAUGUUUUCCCAGGAAGUUAAGUCUAAAGCAUCAACAAUUGUUGUUUUUACCAAUGCAUUCUUAGCAUUUAUAGUGAGUAAAUACUUCAUUGGUUUUGCUGUAACUUAUGGUCAAUACACUGCGUUUUGGUUUUCUGGAAUUAUUUGCGUCCUAUGUAUUUUAUUCACUGUAUUUUAUUUACCUGAAACUAAAGGAAGAUCAUUACAAGAAAUUCAGGAUAAUCUAAACGUCAACUGUUUAGAUUUUAAUUUUAACCCAGUGAAUUUAAUUUGUUGAUAAAAAUACAUCAUUGUUGAAUUUUGUUAUCGCAAAAGAUAAAAAUCAUAUAUUUGACUGUCAGAUUAAUUACACAACAAUACAUAACUUGUCAAAUCCAUAAAAUGUUUAAAUUUAAUAACGUGAU